UUCUCCUGAAGGAAAUGCUGUAUCACCCGGAAGCCAGCGCAUCUAAGCCCUGUGGUUGACUUCUGUCGUGAGGGUGCAUCCAGCAAAAGGGAAUCUGAGCAAAGCUGUACUCAUCUGAGGAAUCAGGUUCCGAGGUUGUAAAGCCAUGCCUUCUGCCUUUGCCUGGAAUGGAUUGUAGAGAGAUGGACUUAUAUGAGGACUACCAGUCCCCGUUUGAUUUUGAUACAGGAGUGAACAAAAGCUAUCUCUACUUGUCUCCUAGUGGAAAUUCAUCUCCACCUGGAUCACCUACUCUUCAGAAAUUUGGUCUGCUGAGGACAGAUCCAGUCCCCGAGGAAGGAGAAGAUGUUGCUGCCACGAUCAGUACUACAGACACCCUAUCAGAAGAGGAGCGAGAAGAGCUGAGACGAGAACUGGCAAAGGUGGAAGAAGAAAUUCAGACUCUGUCUCAAGUGUUAGCAGCAAAAGAGAAGCACCUGGCAGAGAUCAAGCGGAAACUUGGAAUCAGUUCACUACAAGAACUAAAACAGAAUAUUGCCAAAGGAUGGCAAGAUGUGACAGCAACAUCUGCAUACAAGAAGACAUCUGAAACAUUGUCUCAGGCUGGACAGAAGGCUUCAGCUGCUUUUUCAUCUGUUGGCUCCGUCAUCACCAAAAAGCUGGAAGAUGUAAAAUUGCAAGCCUUUUCACAUUCCUUUAGUAUACGCUCCAUUCAGCAUUCAAUUAGCAUGCCUGCUAUGAGAAACUCCCCAACCUUCAAAUCAUUUGAAGAAAAGGUUGAAAACUUAAAGUCCAAAGUAGGGGGAACCAAGCCUGCUGGUGGUGACUUUGGAGAAGUCUUGAAUUCGACCGCAAAUGCUAGUGCCACCACCACGGAGCCUCAUCCAGAGCCAACGCAGGAGAGCCUGUGAGAUUCCUACCUUUGUUCUGCUUCCCACUGCCAGAUGCUGCAAGCGAGAUCCAAGCACAUCUUGUCAACAUUCGUUGCCAUGAAUUUCUACCAGAUGUGCUUUUACUUAGCUUUACAUAUUCCUUUGACCAAAUAGUUUGUGGGUUAAACAAAAUGAAAAUAAUCUCCACCUGUAUGCCUGGGAAACACCCUCUAAUGUAUAUUUAAGGCCCUUUAUUUAGGAAACACCAUUAUAAAAACACUUGUAGUAUCUGAGGACACUCAAUAGAAUGAUCUAAGAAGCUGCAGGUUAUAAUAAUCACUUUCCUACUUUACAAAUUGCUGAAGAUCUGGGAAGUCAGUUUGGUCUUCGUCUUCUAUAAGAUUUCUUUUUCUCUUUGAAACUGUAUAUUUGAUUCCUAAUUAAAAUUGUUCCUUUACAUUUUCUGAAUCCUAGUUUAUUAAAAGUCUUGGUAUAUUUUCUUUACCUCUAAGGGAAGAGCUACCAGCUACAAAAAAUAUUUUGAAAUAAACACUGUUUUGGUAUAAGGUGCGUAUCUUGGGUGUCUGAAGACACUAGAAUAAAUAGUUCUACAUCCAAUUUGUUACAGUUGUGUGGCAGUAUGUACAGUAAUCAAACUUGUAGGUGAUAAGAGUGGACUCCCCUCCAUCCUCGUUUAUCUCCAUUUGUACCAGUAACCUUUUCAGUAUGUUGGUUAUUCUACUCACAUCAACUUAUUUUUUUAUCAGGUUAAAAUUCUAAUUUGAGUAACUUGACAAAACAACAUUUCAAAUUAAGCAUAUUGUAUUAUCGCUAGGUUGAAAAUAUGAGCACUCCUUUCAAUUCAAACUGAAAGAUUUUUAGAUCUAGAUUGUUGUAAAAAUGUCAAAAUCAGUCACAUCGUGGGGAACAUUGCUGUCUUCAUUUAAUCCAUUUAAUACCAUGUAAGCACACAAAGUUACAUGACUAACUUGAGCAUUUUUUUAUACAAAGGAGUUGGUGAUAACUCCUGAGAAUACACUGCAUUAAUAAAAAUUAGCUCAUCAUUUUUCUACUUAUUUGUUUUCAAUGUGUUAGAAAUUCUUCUGAAAGGAUACUGUAGAUACUGCCCCCUAUUGGAGAACUGAGUGUUGGGGCUGAAUGAAUCAAAGCCUCUGGAGGAAUUUGCAUAGAGGCCAAGGUACUCGAUUAAUUCUAAUAAUUACUUACCACCACCACCUUUUCCUUAUGCUGUGUAUGUUUAUGCCCUAGAAUGUUGUAUUUGUUAUUUAUCAAGACGUGAUUGUUUUAUUUUUUAUGCCAAAUGUUAAUUGCCAAGCUUAGAGUGAUCUAAAGCAUUUUUUAAAAGCAUGGCUAGAUUUACUUCAGGAUAAAUUAUCUUAUGAAAACCAAAUUUGAAAAGCCACAAGUGUUGAUUGUUAUGAAAUAACAUGUUGCCAUUCUUGUUUGCUAGAGCUUUUGUUAGUAUUUUGGAUGCAGUUAAAGCUAUGCUUUAUUAUAGGUGAAAAGCUUAAUAAAUUCUGUGUAUCAGUAAUAUAGGUCUUAAUAUUUAUUAUGAGACCAGUGGUCUGAAAAAAGCUUGUUAUAUUAAAGAAACAACUGAUGUCUGUACUAAAAAAAAGGACAAUUUUUAAAUCAUCAACUUUAAAUCAUUGCUUAGUGGUAUCAGGUUAACAUAUUCUAAAUAGUAUCCUUUUAGAGGAUUUAAGGCAAAGGUUGUUGAAGCAUUGUCUCAGUGGAGUGUAUCUUCAGAAAUUUAUCUUCGUAUGGCAAUAUUGUGGUGAUUCAACAUAACUGUUAAAUAAUUUUUUCUGCCAUUUAGUCUUUAAAUUUUUUUUUUUAAUUCCAACAUCAUUACAUUGUUUCUUGGGUAUCCCACUAUCUUUUUAACAAGGCAAAUGGAGUAAGGUGGCACUUUGUUUAGUUGAGGGAAUAGUCCUCAAGUCUCUUUGCUGUCUAGACGGAGAGGUUAUAUACUACCCAAAUGGGGUGGGUAUAUAUAGGUACAUAUUGGGGAUGGUUGUGAAAGAAGAAAUUGGAGAAUCACUUUUCUAGACAUCUAAUCUUUAAAAAAUCUACUGUAAAGUGCAAAGAGUGAAGCUGAGUUUAGAAAAAUAGACAUGGAUUUAGAAAUAUUAUUCAAAAUGUCCUUUGUGGCAGAUUCAAUAUUAUGAAUUCAUAGAUAUUUAAGCAAUUUGAGACACCGUAAGUAAUUAAUGGACACACCACAAAGAGUCCCAGUUACUGUGCUUUGUGUUUGAUGUGAUAUUAGAACAAGAGAGUGAAAUCUCAGAUACUUAGGAAGUGUCAGAUAUUUAAGGACUCAAGAAGUAUAAUAGAAGAAAAUACCCUUGAAGAUAUCGUCAUCUUACAAAAAGGAAUGUCUUUAAUUUAUGGAGUUUGUAAGAAAUAAAACAAGAAUUCUUAUGCUUGCAAAGGCCAAGGUGAUUGGAUGGAAAAGAAUAGAACUCAGUAAUUAUCAUUGUAGCAGCUCUAACUUGAAAUAGGAAAAUAGUGUUUAGUUUGGACUGUUUCUGGAUCUGUUAAUCAAGAUUAUGUCAUACUGUCUAUUUUUUUGUAUAGUAUUUGAAAACAAUAAAAAUUGUAUGAUUUGGGUAUGGG